AUGGCUCCACUGAACUUGGACGACGUUGUCGCCUUCUGCCAGCAAAAUGAUCUUGCCGAUCCCCUGACCAACCUUUCCUGGGUACCUGAGAACGAUCACUUCUCGAGUUUGGCUGUACAAAUGGCUCGUCAGGCUAAAGACCCUCUCGACUGGAUGUUUAGGGACGAGAUGAUCUACCUUGAGUUUGACGAGCUUACCUUGAACCAACUCUAUGGUGACGAUAUUGCUGGAUUGGACCCAACCUCCGAUCUCCCGCCGAUGUGGGCGCCUUGGCUUAUCCAUCAUCCUACCUCUACUCCUCCCAAUAACUAA